AGAUUGAUGGUUUCAUUACAUCUCUGAGUUUGUCCUGAUAGGCCCAUGGUUUGUCAUAUCAUAUAAGUUGUCUGACUGCUCCGAACGAGAAGGACCGAUUUUUUCUUCCAAGAUGAUUUCCUUACUAAGACUUGCUCUUUACUGUUAUGCUAUUAGCAUUGUUGCUGGUCAAGGAACCGAAGACUUGUUUGGAGGGUCUGGAGACGGAGAAGACUUGUUUGGAGGGUCUGGAGACGGAGGUGAUUGCCAGUGUAUCAACGGAGGUGUAUGUCAGAUCGAUGGCACGUGCGAUUGCCCUGAAGAAUUUGGAGGCUCUCAAUGUCAAAUUCCACUUACAGAGGUAUCAUGUCAUAGUGACUCGAUGGUCGUCUACAUAAAAAGAGAACUCAGUCAGGGUACUAACCUGGGAGAUAUUCAUUUUCGUAAGAUUUCCUGCCAAUCUGUCGAUGAUGAUGCAUAUUUCUUGCUUCAGACGGCCUAUGAUGAAUGUGGUACCACAAGAACGGAAACUGACACAACCAUUAUAUUCUCGAAUGUUAUCACUUAUUACAAGCCUGGGCCUAUCUCUGGUACUGGUAUCACCCGUGAAUAUCAGAAGCAGUUUGAGGUUUCGUGCUGUCUUGAUAAGACAUCGCUGGUUGAUGGUCAGUCUUUCAAACCAAAGCUCGGACAAGUACAGUUUAACGACAAGGGUUCCGGUCAGUUUCGUCUGAAAAUGAUACGGUUAAAGUCAUCAGAAGAACCUGAAGAUGACAACGCUGAAGUCUUGCAAGGCGAUGCGCUCUCAUUUCGAGUCCGCCUUCGAUCGGUAGAAGAGGUGGGUAUGUUCAUUGAGGAAUGCUGGGCGACAGCCGGCCCAGGCCAUGAUUCGACUCCACGGCAUGAUUUGUUUACUAACAGAUGCCCUUCUAAUGUGGAUGAGACGGUUAAAGUCUUUUUUCCGCCCCGAACGGAUCGAGAAAAAUUUCAGUUUGACGCAUUUGCCUUUGUUGGAGAUCAUAGUAUGGUAUACAUUCACUGUGAAGUGAGGGUGUGUCUGAUUAAAGAGGCCAUUCAGAAUCGAGAUUGCUCCGGUACUUCCCCGGGACGCGAACGUCGUUCUUCUUCAUUCCUUUCCACCCAAACGAUCAGUAGUGCACCGGUUCGCGUCCGCCGCUCUACCAACGACAUGGCUACUAAUGAUCUGUCUGCCUACAACUCGUUUGGGAUGUUCCUCAUUGGAAUGGUCGCAACCGUGGUUGCCGUAGCAACCCUGAUGGGUGUGGUCAAGCUAAUCCGUCGUCCAACCGACAUCAGCUACAAGCGAGUCCCAACUGCCUCCCUGGAAGGGAUUUAGAAGCGAUCAAUGGCCAGAGUGGAAUUCAUAUUCGGAGUGACGUUGUGUGGAUUAGCGCGCUUAUUGAAACCCUUUCGCGCAAGGUCAAAGGUCAACCAUCAACAUUACAAAAGUUCCUU